AUGUCAACAUCACCCCCAAAAACAACCGAAGCCUGGACCUACACCUCCCCCUCAACCCCCCGCACAGCCCUCACCCUCACCACCUCCCACCCUCUCACCUUCCCUCCCUCCAACUCAUCAGAAGAAACCCUCCUCAUCUCCGUCUCCCACGCAGCCCUCAACCCCGGCGACAUAGUCAGCCUAACCGCCAUGCCUUUCUUCCUGCACUCCACCCCCUCCGCCGUCCCAGCCUUUGACUUUUGCGGCACCGUCCUCCAGUCCCACAAUCAGGCAAGAUUCUCCCCGGGGGAUAAUGUAAUCUGCUUCCCACCCCUCCCCCACAUGCUCAAGACAGGAAUCGGCGGUCUCCAGAAGAUUGUCCCCAUCCCGGCAAAAUACUGCGUCAGACUCCCCCAAGGAAAGAAACUCAUCGACGGGGCGGGGUUGAUGCUUGCCGGUUGCACCGCCUUGCUUCAAGUCCGUCAGGCGGGGGUAAAAAAGGGGGAUAGAAUCCUUGUUGUUGGGGCUAGCGGUGGGGUCGGGAGCGCGGCGGUGCAGAUUGUUCGUGAUGUUGUUGGGCUGGGGGGGUAUAUCGCUGGUGUUUGCUCUGGUCGGAAUGAGGGGUUGGUUAGGUCGCUGGGGGCGGAUGAGGUGGUGGAUUAUACGCUUCACAAGGACCUGCCUGGGUAUUUAACAGAGAGGUUUGGUGGGGAGGGGAGGCGGUUUGAUCAUGUUAUUGAUGGGUAUGGGAAUCAGGAGUUGUAUAAAUCUUGUGCUGGGUUUUUGAAGGAGGGGGGGGUUUAUGAUGCGGCUAGUAUACAUUACGCUUCGUAUAGGUUGUGGGAUUUGCUGGGGUCGGUGGUGACGAUUGGGUUGAAUAUACUCUGGCCGAGGGCGCAGUGGUUGGGGGGGACGGGGAGGAGGUUCAAGAUUUGUAGUUUGGGUGAUCCGGGGUUGGAGAUGAUGGAGUUAUUGGCGGGGAUGCUUGGGGAUGGGAGGGUGAGGGUGGUGAGGGAUAGUGUUUGGGGGUGGGGGGAGGUGAAGGAGGGGUUUGAUGUGCUGAUGGGGGGGCAUGCGGCUGGGAAGGUGGUCAUUAGAGUGGGAGAGGGGGGGGAGUGA